UAUGUUACGUGAACUUGAUAUGAUUUUAUAAAUAAAUAAAUAAAUAAAAGUGUUACAUGGAGAAUACUACUACUGUUCAUAUGGUUUAUCUUGUUUGCUCCUUAAAUUAUGGGAAAAGAAAUAAUGUGUGCCCACUUUUCAAGAUUUGACAGAGAUAUGGAAGCCAUGUGAUAUACAGGAAACAGACAGGAUCAUUAUUGAGUGGCUGUAAUUGUUUGGUUAAAGAUUUCCUCACUCUUUGAGGUUCUUGUUGCUAAGUUGAGUUCAGAUCUGUUACACUUUCUUUCAAUACAAAACAAAUGGAUCUUGAACCUGGGAGGAAGUGUUGGGAUACUUCAAAGAGAGGUGAUUGGAAGACUAUUCUGCUAUUGGCUUAUCAAAGUCUUGGUGUUGUAUAUGGAGACUUGAGUAUUUCUCCAUUGUAUGUUUUCACAAGCACUUUUGCUGAAGAUAUUGAACAUUCAGAGACUAAUGAAGAGAUUUAUGGCACACUUUCUUUUGUUUUCUGGACUCUUACAUUGAUUCCACUCUUCAAAUAUGUGUUUGUUGUUCUUAGAGCUGAUGAUAAUGGGGAAGGUGGUACUUUUGCUCUUUAUUCAUUGAUUUGUAGGCAUGCAAAAGUGAGUCUUUUACCAAAUAGACAGCAUGCUGAUGAAGCACUUUCUUCAUAUAAGAUGGAAGAGCCUCCAGAGAAAGAAUAUUCUAAAUUUAAGAUGCUGCUUGAGAAGUAUAAGACUUUGCAUACUGCUCUUCUGAUUGUGGUUCUUCUUGGUACUUGUAUGGUAAUUGGGGAUGGAGUGCUUACCCCAGCCAUUUCUGUUUUCUCAGCAGUAUCUGGUCUUGAGGUAUCCAUCAUGUCCAAGAAACACCACCAGUAUGCUGUGAUUCCUAUCACUUGCUUCAUACUGGUGUGUUUGUUUGCACUUCAACACUAUGGUACACAUAAGGUUGGGUUCUUUUUUGCUCCAAUUGUGCUGACAUGGCUACUGUGCAUUAGCACACUUGGCGUAUAUAAUAUAUUCAAAUGGAAUCCGCAUGUAUAUAAAGCUCUUUCGCCGUAUUAUAUGUUCAAGUUCUUGAAAAAGACAAGGAUAAGUGGAUGGCUGUCUUUGGGUGGAAUAUUACUUUGUAUAACAGGCUCAGAAGCUAUGUUUGCUGAUCUUGGCCAUUUCAAUUAUAUGGCCAUUCAGAUUGCAUUCACCUUUCUGGUAUAUCCUGCACUUAUAUUGGCAUAUAUGGGUCAAGCUGCGUACUUGUCACAACAUCACAAUGCUGAUCUACGAAUCAGCUACUACGUCUCCGUUCCAGAAAGCGUGAGAUGGCCGGUGCUUAUCUUAGCUAUUCUAGCUUCUGUUGUGGGGAGCCAAGCAAUCAUCAGUGGAACAUUUUCGAUCAUAAAUCAGAGCCAGUCUCUUGGCUGUUUCCCAAGAGUUAAGGUUGUUCAUACAUCAGAAAAGAUACAUGGUCAGGUUUACAUCCCAGAAAUUAAUUGGAUGCUCAUGAUUCUAUGUAUCGCUGUCACCAUUGGAUUUAGAGACACAAAACACCUGGGAAAUGCAUCAGGGUUAGCAGUGAUGACCGUGAUGUUGGUAACAACAUGCCUAACUUCUUUGGUGAUAGUAGUUUGUUGGCAUAAACCACCAAUUUUAGCUCUUUUUUUCCUUUUGUUUUUUGGAUCUGUUGAACUGCUAUACUUUUCAGCUUCACUGACAAAGUUUCGCGAGGGUGCUUGGCUGCCAAUCCUCCUUGCCCUCUUCCUAAUGAUUAUAAUGCUCAUUUGGCACUAUGCAACAAUCAAGAAAUAUGAAUAUGACCUUCACAAUAAGGUUUCACUAGAAUGGCUUCUAGCUUUAGGUCCAAGCUUAGGAAUUGCUAGGGUCCCUGGAAUAGGCCUUGUGUUCACUGAUCUCACUACCGGCAUCCCAGCGAACUUCUCCCGCUUUGUCACCAACCUCCCUGCAUAUCACCGUGUCCUAGUUUUCGUAUGUGUAAAAUCAGUACCUGUUCCUCAUGUAACCCCUGAAGAGAGGUACCUUGUAGGCCGCGUAGGACCUGCUACUCAUCGAUCUUAUAGGUGUAUAGUAAGAUAUGGAUACCGCGACGUUCAUCAAGAUGUUGAUUCCUUUGAAACCGAACUAGUAAAAAAGUUGUCUGAUUUUAUCCAAUACGAUUGGUAUCGAACUCGUGGGAAUAGUAUGAGCAUCGAGGAUGAUGGUUCACACUCGAACGAAUCAUCUAGCUACAGAUUAACUGUGAUUGGAACAACUAGCUUUUGCAGCCAACAAGGAUAUGAGAGUCAGCAGAGUGUGCAGCCAGGUAGCGUGUCUGUAGGAUUUCCAUCUGUGCAAAGCUUAACAGAUGUUAUUGAGAUGGAACCGAUGGAUGCUGCGCCCGAAAGACGAGUCAGGUUUGCUGUUGAUGAUGAUCAUGAAAGUGAGACAAGGUCUGAGGUUGGUGUACAAAUGCAGGAAGAGCUUGAAGAUCUUUAUGCUGCUCAAGAAGCUGGUAUUGCUUUCAUACUUGGACAUUCUUAUAUGAAAACAAAGCAAGGUUCAUCAUUUAUUAAGAAGCUGGCACUUAACUAUGGAUACAAUUUCUUGAGAAGGAAUUGUAGAGGGCCUGACGUGUCACUUAAGGUUCCCCCAGUUUCUCUAUUGGAGGUUGGCAUGGUUUAUAUUGUGUAGAAAAACUAACAUGUAAUUAGCUUUCAUUUUUGGUAUUGUGUUUUUGCAUGUAGAGUUUUAUUAUAAUUACAUACAGGCUUUAAUGGCAGAGCAAUGUGCAGCUUACAAAGACCUUUGUUAAUGGGACUGUAUGACAAUUAAUUAUAAUAUCUAUAUGAGGAUUGUUAGCAAGAAA